AUGACUACGUGUCCCACAAGGCUGACCAGUCCGAGUACCAGUGCGUAUCACGUAAGAGCAGCGAACAGCACUGAGAGACCCUCCACUCUGAGCGUACCACUCACGAAGCUGGCGAGGCGUGAGAGACACGCGAGAGGGUCGGGGGAGCUGCAUCUGGCCGCCACCACGAGUAGAAGCAGCAGGAGUGGUAGUAGGAGUAGCGCCGCCACCCCUACAGCCCCAACCAGCGUACCACUCACGCAGCUGCUGGGGCGUGAGGGACUCACGCAGGCGUUGCUGGGGCUGCAUCUGGCUCCGCAAGUCGCCUCGACAGGCGACGGGAAAAGGGGGGGGGGGUGGUGGGGGCCGGUAGGUGCAGCGGCGGGGCCAGCAGGUGCAGUUGCGGGGCCGGUAGAAGGGGACGGCAGGAGCCGUCAGGAGGGGACGGCGGGGCCGUCAGGAAGGGACGGCGGGGCCGUCACGAAGGGACGGCGGGGCCGUCAGGAGGCGACCGGGCCGCGAAGGGGCGGCUGGGCCGGGAUGGGGCGGGGCCGCGACGGAGGCAGGCGGCGGGGCCGCGUAAGGGCCUGGGCGGGGCCGCGACAGAGCCGUCAGCGGGGCCGCGUGAAAGCCGGGGCGGGGCCGCGUAGAAGCCGGGGCGGGGCCGCGCGAGAGCAGGCGGCGGGGCCGAGUAAGGGCCUGGGCGGGGCCGCGACAAAGCCGUCGGCGGGGCCGCGUGAAAGUCGGGGCGGGGCCGCGUAG